UUGCAGUUUCAGCACACUGUUACUGUGUAUAAUGUGGACAAUAAGCAAUGGCACCGUAACAUUGGCACAGGGGUGACUCAUGUGGAUUUGCCUGUCGCCAAGAAGGAACACCUAUGCUGGCUCGGAUACACUAGUCAUGGACAGCUUGCGUCUAUGGACAGUUCAUAUAUGGUAAACCUCCUGACGCCGUCUGGUUUCUGGGUUCCAAUAUUCGAUGGAAGCGCGGAAACUACGAGCAAAUCCGAUGCUGUUUGGCCAAUCGCGAUUGUUGAUGGACGACAGCGUCAAAUUAGGUAUCUUUACUGCAAGGGUAGCAGGUAUCCUCUAGUUGCCGUGAAAAUGGCACCACUCAUCGCUCCAUGGGCGCUUCCCUACUGCGCACCGGACUCGGACAAGUCGAAACUAGAGCAAGAGCUCUUCCUCAACGAGCUGCAGCAAAGCGAAGCUCGCUCUACUGGAACAUCAUCUGAUCUUGUGGAAUUGGCUUCGAGUCAUCUUCAGUCUCUCAUAAAACUGUUUGCUUUGGCAUGCAAAAGUGAAAGAGAUGGGCGAGCUGCUGAGUUGGCUAGUCUGGUCACCUCUGCGAAAGGCAUACAAAUGAUGUGCAACUAUGCUGCAAAACUUAAAAAAUCCACUCUCGCUGAUAAGGUAGCCGCUAAAGGACGUGAGAACGUAUCAUUGAAUGAGUCAGUGUUUUCUGAUUCCUACCAUGCUCCCUCUGAACAAAGUCCAACUCCCCGACGAAUCUCAAUCAAGAGGAAGAGUGGUGUGGUUCAACAGCAUCCGAUCUCGGUGGAAAAUGGUGAGAUAGCGGCACCGGCAUUGUUCGAAUCCGAAUUUGAUGAAGAAGAAGAAGAGACUAAGGUCGAUUAUCAGAUGCCUAGUAACAGUCAACAAACCGACGACUCGCUCCUUAACGAGACGCUUAUCCCCGCACGAAAGAUUUCGCGCAAUCCUUUCAAGAGAUCACCAUCUUCGUCCAUGGAUACUUCUUCAGUCUUCGAUCCCGACAACUCCUUUGCCAGCGGUAGAAAGCGUUUAAGGGAAGAUGAGCCUUCAAAACCAUCGACUUCAAAGCAACAGAAAUUGUCAUUUGGAUCGUCCAUGAAGGGAAAGGAGAAUGCGCGAUGUUAUUUGCUCAAGGGAGCUCCCAGGAUUGUCUAUCAUUUCGAGAUCUGGGGCCUAAAAGUCGUAAUCGUAAACUGCUAG